AUGGUAACGGACGUGAUGGUUACCAGCCCCACAGACUUCAGGGCCGAGGUGACGGGGGUGGAGUUCCGGGCAACUGUGCGGCCCACCAGCGGGAUUGUGGCCAUAGAUGAUAUGAUGGUGAGCCCCAGCGCCUGUCCCUCCCCGGUGACCUAUGAUUUUGAGGCCAACUCUUGCCUCUGGGAGAACAUGAAGGCAGCCAAGUGGACAAACGGCCGUGUGACUGAUGACCCAGCCCUGGCCCCCGUCUAUGGCCAUGCCCCGCCGUACAACCACACAACAGGCACUCCUUACGGCCACUACCUGUACUUCUAUGACCAAAGCAGCGACGCAGCAUCGGCAACAAUGCUCUCUGAAGUGUUUGCCACCGAGAAAGACUCCUGCUUCUCCUUCUGGGUCCACAUGUACGGAGAAAAGGUGGGGAGCCUGCAGGUGAAGUCCCAUGAGCCGGAGGCCACCAUGGUCCUCAAGGAGCUGGACAGCUCCCUUGGCCUUUCAAUGCGCAUUAACCUCAGAGUGUCCCCACAACACUGGCUGAGCCUGGACGUGCAGGGCGUGGAGGGCAGCAGCAACGUGGUGGCCGUGGAUGACCUUGACCUCUCUGCAUGGCCCUGCACCGCCAACAGCAGCAACACCUACUUCCUCUGUAAUUCCGGCCAAAAGAUACCCCAGCAGAAGGUGUGUGACUACAUCCUCCAGUGCUAUGGAGGUGAGGAUGAGGAUGUGUGUGCCACCUGCUUCUUCUAUGCAGACAUGUGUGGUUGGCAGCAGGUGGAGACAGCGGAGGACAACAGCCGUUACUGGUGGAGGAGACAUUAUGACCCUGAUCCAGAGGCCAUGCCACAUGAGACUUACCUGAGGGUGGAGACCAAAGACGGGCUGGUCGUCAACAAGCCGCGCAUCAUCACGCGCCAUCAGCAACAGCCAACCUCCCACUCCUGCAUGCUGUACAUGGGCUACCUCCUGCAGGCCUCUGGAGCUGAUCCUAGACUUGACGUGUACUAUGACCACGGGGGGUCUGACCUCACGCUGCUCUUCACCAGCCAGACCUCCUCAGCAAAAUGGCAAAGCCUCACACUGCCCCUUGGACGAAUCUCUUCACCGUUCAGUUUUAUCAUUGAGGCAACAACCUCUGGUGCGGAGAAUGAGACAAUACAUGUGGAUGAAGUGAGGCUCAGUGAGUGUGGCCCGCCACAGAACUGCACAGAGCUGCCAGACUCCUACCUUCAGUGUGAGAAUGGAGCGUGUUACCCGGAGGCAGCCAAGUGUGACUUCACGGACGACUGUGGAGACUACUCAGAUGAAGCUCUGUGUGAGGACUACAACUUACGCUGCAGCUUUGAGGACGGGAACUACUGUGGCUGGGAAGUCACCGGUGGCCUCCAGUGGACUGUGGCGCGGUCCAGCCCCUCGCCCCCUUACAGGUCUUGUGUUGCCAAUGUAAUACUAGCAGCAGCAGUACUAGGAGCUGGAAGUGUGGCUGGGGGCUUGAUGGAGUGGUAG